AUGUCUAGGAAGAGAAAUGCUCCAAUUGAGGAGGAUUUAGCUGAUAUCGAAUUUGAAACAUCAGAUAAUAUUAAAAUAUUCCCCACUUUUGAUUCACUAAAAUUGGAUGAAGAUCUUCUAAGAGGAAUAUACUCAUAUGGUUAUGAAAAACCAUCAGCUAUCCAGCAGCGUGCUAUUUACCCAAUAAUGAAAGGACGUGAUGUCAUAGCACAAGCACAGUCUGGUACAGGAAAAACGGCAACAUUCUCAAUUGGUGUUCUUUCUCGCGUUGAAAUUAAAACCAGAGAAUGUCAAGCUUUAAUUUUAUCUCCAACACGUGAAUUAGCUGUUCAAAUUCAAAAAACUGUACUAGCAUUGGGAGAUUACAUGAAUGUUCAAUGUCAUGCAUGUAUUGGUGGAACAAAUGUUGGUGAAGAUAUCAGAAAACUAGAUCAUGGUUGCCAUGUUGUUUCAGGUACUCCUGGAAGAGUUUUUGAUAUGAUUAGAAGAAGAAAUUUAAGAACAAAAAAUAUUAAUAUGUUAGUUUUGGAUGAAGCUGAUGAAAUGUUAACUAGAGGUUUCAAAACACAAAUUUAUGAUAUCUAUCGUUUCCUUCCUCCAGAUGUUCAGGUAGUUGUUGUCUCAGCUACACUUCCUCAUGAAGUUCUUGAAAUUACUACUAAAUUUAUGUCUGAUCCAAUAAGAAUUUUGGUAAAAAGAGAUGAAAUAACUUUGGAAGGAAUUAGACAAUUCUUUGUUGCUGUUGAAGCUGAAGAAUGGAAAUUUGAUACUUUGUGUGAUUUGUAUGACACUGUUUCUGUUACUCAGGCAGUUAUUUUUUGUAACACUCGUAAGAAGGUUGAUUGGUUGGCUAAUAAAUUGAAGGAUAACAAUUUUACUGUUUCUUCAUUACAUGGUGACAUGACUCAAGCUGAAAGAGAUGAAGUUAUGAAAGAAUUUAGAGGUGGUAAAAGUCGUAUUUUAAUUUCAACAGAUGUCUGGGCUAGAGGUAUUGAUGUUCCACAAGUUACUUUAGUUAUCAAUUAUGAUUUACCAAAUAAUCGUGAACUUUACAUUCAUAGAAUUGGUAGAUCAGGUCGUUUCGGAAGAAAAGGUGUUGCUGUUAAUUUUGUUUUAAAAGAAAAUGUUAGUAUAUUGAAGGAUAUUGAACAAUAUUAUGCUACUCAUAUUGAUGAGAUGCCUUUGAAUAUUGGAGAUAUGUUAUAA